GUGCUUCGCUCAACAUGAUUCCCCCGGCUGAUUCGCUGCUGAAACACGAUAACCCGGUGCUCAUAAGCAAGAAUACAGAAAGAAAAUCCCCCAAAUCUCGUCCUCUGAAAGUCAGCAGUCCUCAGACAGUUUUAACAGCUCCCGUCCCACCACCACCUAAACCAAAGACACCUCUCUUAGAUGCAACCAAACCAGCUGAAGAGAUUUUGAAUGCAAUUCUUCCACCUCGAGAAUGGGUAGAGAACAAUCAGCUAUGGAUCCAACAGGUGUCCAGCACACCCAGCACCCGGAUGGAUGUCGUCCACUUACAGGAAGAGCUGGAUAUGAAGUUGCAGCAGCGACAGGCGCGGGAGACUGGAAUCUGCCCAGUCCGGAGAGAGCUUUAUUCACAGUGCUUCGAUGAACUCAUCAGACAGGUGACUAUUAACUGCGCAGAGAGGGGAUUACUCCUGCUUCGAGUCCGUGAUGAAAUACAUAUGACCAUCUCUGCCUAUCAAACCCUCUACGAAAGUAGUGUUGCUUUUGGCAUGAGGAAAGCUUUGCAAGCAGAACAGGGAAAAUCAGACAUGGAAAAGAGAAUGGCAGAUCUAGAGAUGGAAAAGAAAGAUCUAGAAAGACAAGUGAAUGAACAGAAAGCCAAGUGUGAGGCUAUAGAGAAACGUGAGGCAGAGAGACGCCAAGUGGAAGAGAAGAAGCAUGCGGAGGAGAUACAGUUCCUCAAGAGAACUAACCAGCAGCUGAAGGCACAGCUAGAAGGAAUUAUUGCACCCAAGAAGUAAGAAGACAGGAGUAACAUCUGUGGACAGGAUGUCUGUGAUUCGGAUUCUGCUGAAGAGCAAAUGCCAAGAAACCAAUAUUUCUAACUUAAGGACAUUUUUAAUUAUAUUUGGUUGUUGUUUAUAUUAUAGCCUCAGUUGACACAAGAAAUAUUAAAAGGUUGCUCAUUA